GGCUUUUGAAUCUUUUGCGCAACUUCGCCGGCGAAUACUAACCCUAGAUUUGAUUCGCCGCCGGUUUAUCAAGCAAUGUCGUUCAAUAUGUUCUCUACCCCACAGCCACAGCAGACGCCUCAGCCGCUAUUUCAAACUCCGCAACCGAUGUUUCAGCCGCAGCAGCAGACCAAUUCCUUCUUCUCGCAACCCCAACAGCAGCAGCAGCAGCAGCAGCAGCAACAACAGCAAACGCCGUCGUUUCAGCCGCAACUGUUCCAGCAGCAACAACAAGUACAAAAUCAGCAACAGCAGCAGCAAGUACAGCAGCUGUAUUUGUUCACCAACGAUAAAGCUCCGGCCAAUUACAGUACCAAGUGGGCCGAUCUUCAUCCUGAUUCUCAGAAACUCCUGCUUCAGAUUGAAGAGAAGAUAUUGGAGUAUAGAAGUGAAAGUCAGAGAUUAGAUCAGUGUAGUCGACUUUAUGAUUCUUCUGUAUCCAGUGAAGGUUUCGAGUUCGAUGCAAGCCGCAUUGUUCAGGAGCUUGGUGGGAUUAAUACUGCCAUGGAUCGACAAAAAGCUGUUCUUCAUGAGCUUAUGAUUGUUGCCAAAGAUAUGUUGCGUAAUGCAGAGAUUGCAGUUCGAUCUUUUAUGAUGCUACAGCCAAGAUUCCCUCAUUGGAAACAAGGAGGAGGAGUUGUUAGUGUUGGUUCUCAAACAUCUCAAGCGCAGGGAACAAACCCAGCUCCAGCUUCUGCUGGUCAACAACAAGCAGUUACUACAACGGUUCAAGUUUCUGAUUUUUACCGUGGGAUUCCAAAGAAACCCACUGUGUUUCUACAGCAAACAGUUGUAAGGUUUGAGAAGUAUCUAAACGAGUGCCGCCAAUGGGUUGAAGAGCUGGAGCAAUUACUCGCCUUGGAUUCUGACAAGUAUAGUCGACAUGCUUCCCUUUUAGAAUCUCUUCCAAAAGUCAUGUCUAAUGUUCAUGACUUCUUUGUUCAUGUGGCUGCUAAGGUAGAGAGUAUUCACCAAUAUAUUGAAUCAAUGAGAACAUCAUAUCUUGCUGACCAACGCCGAAUAGGAGAAUGCCAUGAUCCGUUUCUUGAGGCUGAUCGAAGGGAAACAGCAAAACAGGAAGCUGCUGCUAAAAGGGUCCACCCAACUCUGCAUCUACCUGCUUCUACUGCAAAUACACAACCCUCAACACAAGUUGCUGGAUUGAUUGCCAGCUCAGCAACUCCGGGGGCUUCAAAUGCUCCACAGCCAGCUGUUACAACAUCAAACCCUUCUUCAGGAGCUGGUUUUUCGUUUCUCAACACACCUGCUUCUGCACCUUCGUCUUCUCUCUUUGCUACACCAUCUUCUGCUGCUCCUACCUCGUCUUUGUUUGGACCAUCAACCACUCCCGCACCACUUUUUGGCUCUUUUGGUUCCGCUUCAUCUUUGUUUGGCCAGGCAACCCCAUCACUGGGUGCUAUGCCGUCACAAUUUGCAGGUACUACGCCAGGAUCAGGAGCCAGCUUUGGUUCUAUGACAAAAUCUUCAAGGCCAAAAUCUCGAACUACACGCCGUUAGACAUGGGAUAUCUCAAAAUCCAUCCCUAAGCCUGUGACAACACAUCUUUUACAUGGCUUGACUUCAUCGUCUUCACUUGGUGAAGUUGAGCUUGGUGCAGGUCGAAGCAGAUCCGCAUUCUCUUAUGCACCAGUUUGUAUGUGUGGCGUUAUUCAUUGAAUUGAUGAUAAUUGAAUGUUCUCAAAACCUUAGUACCUCAUAUGGACAAAUGUAUUUGUAGAAAUGAGUUUUUUUUUUUUCAGGAAUCUUAUUCAUAUAAAUAGUCAUAACCACAAGUUUA